GCAGUUUAUUUUCCUCAAAUUUUCCUAUUGAUAAUUUUCUUGUUGACAACCGGCUUGUUUUAAAUUAAAGUGAAGUAAAUAAAUAUUGCCUGUUUCAAAAUACACUUUUGGAGAAAAUAAAAUGGCUCUACUACCAUUAGAAUCAAAUCCUGAUGUUAUGAAUAAGUUUAUUCAUCUAAUGGGUGUUCCGGAAAAAUGGAAUAUUGUCGAUGUAUACGGCUUGGAUGCUGAUGCAUUGGCAUGGGUACCCAGACCUGUCUUGGCUUUGAUAUUACUGUUCCCAUAUAGUGACAAGUUUUUAGAAUACGCCAAACAAGAAGCUGAGUUAAUUAAAGAAAAAGGUCAAACUGUUAGUGAUAAACUUCUCUAUAUGAAACAGUAUGUGUCUAAUGCUUGUGGUACCAUAGCACUAAUACAUUGCAUAGCUAAUAAUGCUGAUAGGCUACAAUUAGCCGAUGGGAUGUUUAAGAAAAUAUUAGAAGAUUCAAUUAACUUAAAUCCCGAAGAAAGAGGUGAGAUGCUUUGCAAGGUUAAUAGUAAUUCAGAGGCCUACAAAUUAAUUGCAGCUCAUCAAGAGCUCGCCAUGGAGGGACAAACUGAAGUAAAUCCUGAUGAGAAGGUCAACCAUCAUUUUGUAGCUUUUGUAGAAAAGGAGGGAAAUUUGUACGAAUUAGAUGGUAGAAAAGAAUUUCCAAUAAACCAUGGACCCACAAAUGAAGAUACUUUCUUAGAAGAUGCAGCUAAAGUUUGCAAACAGUUUAUGGAGAGGGAUCAAGAAGAUAUUAAUUUUACUAUUAUGGCUUUAACACAGAGUGAUUAAAACAAAAUUAAAUUGAUUAUAUUGGAAGAUUAUCUCAUUUUUAUUAAAAUUUAAGGGAAUAAUAAUUAUUGGCAGUAUGCUAUUAAACUUAUUUAAUGUAUAAUAAAUGCUGUGCUUUUGUGUACCAGUAUACAUAUAGAUUAUUCUUGCUGAAUUAAAAAAGUUUUUACAGAA